CGGUAAGCCGGGACAGGCUCCGAGUCGAGCCACCGGAGCGAGUUCAGGUGGUCCGGUCCACCAGCGCCACGAUGGAGCCUCGUGACAGCCACGGACGCGCUCCGGCACAACAAAGACGAGACACGCCACAUCACCACCAUCACCACCAUCACCAUCGCCUACUGCCGCUGCUUCUCGUUCUCCUCGUCGCCCUCUGGGUGUGCCCCACCCCGAGCCGCGCCGAUAUCUUCUGGCACAAGACGCGCGUUCCGCUGGUGCGAGACCUGCGGGUCGUGCCGCUUGAUCCGUCGGACUUCGGAGCUCCAGCCACGCCGCGUGCCGCCUGCGGCCCCGUGGCCUCCCUGGCGUGCCGCCCCCCCUCGCCCUGGUGGCAGCAACACCCCGCCGGGCCCGCCGGUGGUGACGGUGGUGGCGCUGUGGAUGUCGACUUUCUGCAGCAGCUGCAAGAGCAGUUGUCGUACGAGACGGUCUACGACAACGGCACCCGCACGCUCACCCAGUGGCCAUCGACGGCCUCGACACCCGCGGCCCGGCCCCGCGUCCACCCCGCCGCCGUCCCCGCCGCCAGAUCUACG